AUGACGAUAAACUACAUCUAUCUCCUGGAACUGCUGCUUUCUUUCUUUCUUUCUUUCUUUCUUUCUUUCUUUCUUUCUUUCUUUUCUUUUCUUUCUUUUUACGUCCUUCCCCUCGCACCACCUCUCAUCUUCUUUAUCCUUUUCCUUUUUUUUCUUUCUUUUCUUUCUUUCUUUCUUUCUUUCUUUUUACUUCCUUCUUUCGCACCACCUCUCAUCUUCUUUAUCCUUUUUCCUUUUUUUCUUUUUUCUUUCUUUUUUCUUUCUUUUUUCUUUCUUUUUUUUCCUUUUCUUUCUUUCUUUCUUUUCUUUCUUCUUCCUUUCUUUCUUUCUUUCUUUCUUUCUUUCUUUUUUCUUUUUACGUCCUUCCCCUCGCACCACCUCUCAUCUUCUUUAUCCUUUUUCCUUUUCUUUCUUUUCUUUCCCCUUUCUUUCUUUCUUUCUUUCUUUUUUUACGUCCCCCCCUGCACCACCUCUCAUCUUCUUUAUCCUUUUUCCUUUUCUUUCUUUCUUUCUUUCUUUCUUUCUUUCUUUCUUUUUCUUUCUUUCUUUUUUCUUUCUUUCUUUCUUUUUUCUUUUUUUUACGUCCUUCCCCUCGCACCACCUCUCAUCUUCUUUUUUAUCCUUUUUCCUUUUCUUUUUUCUUUCUUUCUUUCUUUCUUUCUUUCUUUCUUUCUUUUCUUUUCUUUUUCUUUCUUUCUUUCUUUCUUUUUUACGUCCUUCCCCUGCACCACCUCUCAUCUUCUUUAUCCUUUUUCCUUUUCUUUCUUUCUUUCUUUUCUUUCUUUCUUUUUUCUUUCUUUCUUUUCUUUCUUUCUUUUCUUUCUUUUUCUUUUUUACGUCCUUUCCCCUCGCAAUUCACCUCUCAUCUUCUUUAUCCUUUUUUCUUUUUUUUUCUUUUCUUUUCUUUCUUUCUUUCUUUCUUUCUUUCUUUCUUUCUUUCUUUUCUUUCUUUCUUUCUUUUUUUUUUUACGUCCUUCCCCUCGCACCACCUCUCAUCUUCUUUAUCCUUUUCCUUUUCUUUCUUUCUUUCUUUCUUUCUUUCUUUCUUUUCUUUCUUUCUUUCUUUUCUUUUCUUUCUUUCUUUUUACGUCCUUCCCUCUUUUUUCCCUCUCAUCUUCUUUAUCCUUUUUUUCCUUUUCUUUCUUUUUUUCUUUCUUUUCUUUCUUUUCUUUUCUUUCUUUUUUACGUCCUUCCUUUCUUUUUUUUUUCCCCCUCAUCUUCUUUAUCCUUUUUCCUUUUCUUUUCUUUCUUUUUUCUUUCUUUCUUUCUUUCUUUCUUUCUUUCUUUCUUUCUUUCUUUCUUUCUUUUUUCUUUUUUUUUUACGUCCUUCCCCUCGCACCACCUCUCAUCUUCUUUAUCCUUUUCCUUUUCUUUCUUUCUUUCUUUCUUUUCUUUCUUUCUUUUCUUUUCUUUCUUUCUUUUUUUUUCUUUCUUUCUUUUUUUUUUUACGUCCUUCCCCUCGCACCACCUCUCAUCUUCUUUUCUUUUUUCCUUUUCCUUUCUUUCUUUCUUUCUUUUUUUUUUUUUUUACGUUCCUUCCCUCGCACCACCUCUCAUCUUCUUUUAUCCUUUUUCCUUUCUUUUCUUUCUUUCUUUUUUCUUUUCUUUCUUUUCUUUCUUUUCUUUCUUUCUUUCUUCUUUCUUUUCUUUCUUUCUUUCUUUCUUUCUUUUUACGUCCUUCCCCGCACCACCUCUCAUCUUCUUUUAUCCUUUUCCUUUCUUUUCUUUCUUUCUUUUUCUUUCUUUCUUUCUUUCUUUCUUUCUUUCUUUUCUUUUUUUUUUUUUUACGUCCUUCCCCUCGCACCACCUCUCAUCUUCUUUAUCCUUUUUUUUUCUUUCUUUCUUUCUUUCUUUUUUCUUUCUUUCUUUUCUUUUCUUUCUUUCUUUCUUUCUUUUUUCUUUCUUUCUUUUUUACGUUUUUCUUUUCUUUCUUUCAACCUCUUUCUUCUUUUAUCUUUUUUUUUUUCUUUCUUUCUUUUUUCUUUCUUUUUCUUUCUUUUCCUUUUUUUUCUUUUCUUUCUUUUUUUCUUUUUUUUUUUUUUUCUUUCUUUUUACGUCCUUCCCUUUUUUCCACCUCUCAUCUUCUUUAUCCUUUUUUUUUUUUCUUUCUUUCUUUCUUUCUUUUUACGUCCUUCCCCUCGCACCACCUCUCAUCUUCUUUAUCCUUUUUCCUUUUCUUUCUUUCUUUCUUUCUUUUUCUUUCUUUUUUUUCUUUCUUUCUUUUUUCUUUCUUUUACGUCCUUCCCUCGCACCACCUCUCAUCUUCUUUAUCCUUUUUCUUUUUUUUUUUUCUUUCUUUCUUUCUUUUUACGUCCUUCCCCUCGCACCACCUCUCAUCUUCUUUUUAUCUUUUUUUCUUUUUCUUUUUCUUUCUUUCUUUCUUUUCUUUCUCAUCUUCUUUUUUUUCUUUUUUCUUUUUUUUUCUUUUUACGUCUUUCUUUCGCACCACCUCUUUCUUUUCUUUUAUCCUUUUUCCUUUUCUUUCUUUCUUUUUUCUUUU